AUGAGGAUUAUCGUGGGAGCUUUGCUCGCGGCCUUUGUGCUGGUGCUGGCCGCCGCCCAGACUGACCUUGAGUGGUGGAAGACGACCACCUUUUACCAGGUUUAUCCCAGGUCGUUCAGGGACACCGAUGCUGAUGGAACUGGAGAUCUGUUAGGAAUUGUUAUCAAACUGGACUAUUUCGUGAGCCUCGGAGUUGGUGGCCUGUUGCUAGCACCGGUGUUUAAGUCGCCAAUGAAGGAUUUGGGCUACGACAUCUCCGAUUUCGAGAAAAUCGAUUACACUUUUGGCAACGAGGAUGACUUUGACACACUUGUAAUGGAAUGUCAUUCAAGAGAUUUGAAGCUGGUGCUUGAUUUUGUGCCGAAUCACUCGAGUGAUGAGCACCGAUGGUUUGAAAAAUCAAUCGAAAGGAAAAAUCCGUAUACUGAUUAUUACAUUUGGCAAGAUCCAAAGAGUUUUAACGAGACUGCACAACCCGUCCCACCAAAUAACUGGUUGAGCGUUUAUGGUGGUUCCGCUUGGGAAUUUAACGAAGAACGUGGACAGUUUUACCUGCACCAGUUCCACGCUGGACAGCCGGACUUGAAUUACAGCAAUCCCCUUGUCAUUGAAGAAAUGAAAGACAUUCUGAGAUACUGGCUGGACAAAGGUGUUGAUGGCUUCCGUUUGGUUAAUGUUCCGCACUUGAUGGAGGACAAAAACUUCCUCGAUGAGCCAUUCUCCAACGACUCCCAAUUUUCUCCGGAUGAGUGGGGCUCCCUUUCGCACAUUUACACAAAGGACCUGGAAGAGCUGUACUCCAUCAUUUACAGCUUCAGGGACGUCAUCGACGAGAAGCAAGCUGAGCUCGGCAGACCAUUGGUGUUAAUGGUGGAGGCGCAGACCAGUCUGGAUAAUACGAUGAAGUACUACGGCCAAGAGGACAGAGAUGGAGCACAUUUCCCAAUUAAUUUGAAUUUAAUCACCCAUUUUAAGAAUGGGACGACAGCCAAAGAUUUGAAGGAGAUUAUUGACAUGUGGCAGAGUGCCGUGCCUACCAGUGCUUGGUCGAAUUGGAUGAUAGGAAGUAACGACAGGCCGCGGGCAGCGUCACGUUUCGGCCGCGAUUUCGGCACUGCAGUUGUGAUCAUGGGUCAGUUGCUGCCAGGCACGGCGAUCACCUACUACGGCGAGGAGAUCAACAUGGAGGAUACAUGGAUCUCGUGGAAGAACACGGUCGAUCCGCUUGGAUGCGAUGCUGGACCUGAAAAUUACACUGAAUUCUCCAGAGAUCCGUCACGCACGCCGUUUCAGUGGAGCGAUGCAGAAUUUGCCGGUGAAUUUCUCAAUUAA